AAAAAUAAUUCCUAAAACUAAAGGGUAGUGCAUACCGGUCAGGCCCAAAUCGUAACACCAGCAUGAAUCAUUCGAACAAAUCGUCUCUCGUCAUCUCUUCUUCAACCGUUCAUCACGGUUGACGAGGCGACCAGUCUUCUUCAAAAGCAAGUCUGCGCCAGCUACCAGUGUCCGUUGCACCCCGCGAGCCACCACCGGCUACCGCGCGCUGCUCUGCUUCUGCCCCACCUGCGCGCCGGGAAAAAACUUCUGAUUUCUGUCUUUCCGACUCACCACUCAGCUAGGGCAUUUAAAGAUGAUGAAAAAGUCAGGUUAUGGAUUACAGCUUAGAGUUCCACCUUCACAGAAGAAGAAACAACCAACAAGACCUCCGCUCCCCACUGCACUUGGUUUUGGUGACGGGAAUGAUGAUGAUGUUGAGAAAGAGAUUUCUCGCCAAGCUUCCAAGAACAAGGCUCUGAAAGAUAUUGAGGAGCAGCAUAAGAAAGCUCUAGAAGAGGAUCCAUCAGUAUUUGAUUAUGAUGGAGUAUAUGACAGCAUGAAAAUGAAGGCUGUUCAACCUCAUGCACAAGACCUUGAGGAGAGGAAGCCAAAAUAUAUCCGCCAACUGAUGGAGAAAGCCAAGCAAAGGGAACGUGAACAUGAGAUAGUGUAUGAGAGGAAACUUGCCAAAGAGAGAAGCAAAGAUGACCAUCUGUAUGCUGACAAGGAGAAAUUUCUCACAAGUGCAUACAAGAAGAAACUCCAAGAACAGGAAAAGUGGCUGCAUGAAGAGCGUCUUCGCGAGCUACGUGAAGCAAAGGAUGACGUAACAAAGAAGGCGGACAUAAGUGACUUUUACUUCAACCUUGCAAGGAAUGUUGCUUUUGGGGGAGAAGGAGGGUCAAAGACAGACAAGACCAAGAAGCCGCAUGAAGAGGUCGCAGUUCAACCGCAAAAAGAGACUUUUAUCCAACCCUCAAGCUCAGAGUCUCCAAAUAUGUCUGGAAUGAUGAAGACAGAACAGGUGGAGGAAUCUCUACAGGCAGAGACAAGGCCUACUUCUAUCACAAUAUCGUCCGAAGGAAAAGCCAUAAAUGGACCAGCAGUUGAAGAUGGACCUCCUGCUGUAGAUGAAACCGCUGAUCAACCAAAACCUGCUGCUCAUCAUAAAAGAAGUGGUGAUGCUCUUGCUGCAGCUAAGGAUCGUUUUUUGGCACGAAAGAAGGCAAAGGAAGAAAAGUAUACAUAAUUUGCUGUUAGGUUUUGUGUAAAAUGUUUUUGCAAAAAUGUAUUUCAAUAUUUGGUAAUUGGAAGGUGCUGUUUGGUGCUUCUCUUGAAUCAUUCGCAGUAAAUCUUAUAUUUAUUGAUGAUGUAACUUAUAAAAUUAUAUUGCUUGUUUAUCGAUUUUAAAAAAUCUA